CGGAUUACCGGCAGUCAUUGCGACACGGCCUGUCUCUCGUGAUAUGCGGGGCGCCGCGUCGCGCGUCGUCGUCGCCGUCGUCGUCGUGGACAACGAUUAAACGCCGUGCUCGUACGCUCAGGGCUCCGCGCGAGGAUGCCGGUGAAGGUCGACGUGGUGCCGCCGCCACCCGCGAACUCGAAACAGCCGGGUGUCACCAAGUCCCUGCUCUACAACGGUUCGCGCUUUCAGGGCUCGCAGAAGUCCAAGGGCAACAGUUACGACGUGGAGGUGGUGUUGCAGCACGUGGACGAGGAGAAUAGUUACCUGUGCGGAUACCUGAAAAUCAAAGGUCUGACUGAGGAGUUCCCGACGCUAACGACAUUCUUUGACGGCGAGAUUAUCUCCAAGAAGUAUCCGUUCCUGACCCGCAAGUGGGACGCCGAUGAGGACGUUGACAAGAAACACUGGAGCAAGUUCGAAUCGUUCUGCCAAUAUGCCAAGACAUUCAAUUCCGAUACGUUUGAUUACGAGGCACUGAAGGGAACGGACUUUGUGUUCAUGAGGUGGAAGGAACACUUUUUGGUUCCCGAUCACACGAUCAAGGACAUCAACGGUGCCUCCUUCGCGGGAUUCUAUUACAUUUGCUUCCAGAAGUCCGCUGCCACGAUAGAGGGCUUUUAUUAUCAUCGUAGUUCUGAAUGGUAUCAGUCUUUGAAUCUGAGACACGUACCGGAGCACAGUAUACAGAUUUACGAGUUCAGGUGAAGUCAAUACCUUUGCUGAACAAUCUCAUGAUAUUUCACGUCUCUACCCUAGCAUACAGAUCUCAUAAAUUCGCCCCUUCGUAAGUCUUACUAGAAAACGAGUCUUAUCGAGUUAUUUAGUUAUUUAUCAUGACAUUGCAGUUUUGCGGAGACUCGCGGGCAGUAAGGAUUUAGAAUUUCAUAACAUCCUCGUAAUCGACUAUAUUAAAGAUCGUAAAGAUUCUAAGAAUUGGAGUGCCUGUCUAAUGAGUGAUACGAUUCAUUAUAUGAAUUGUGAAGUACUGAUAUGUAAAACGAUUUUUCUCGAAAAUAAAUUAUCUGAUAAUUCUUAUCAUUUUAAAUUGUUGGUGUUUGUUAUUCGUCAGUACGCCAAAUUUCUGAGGAGAUUCACAAUUUAUAUGCAAUGGCAUUAAUUGUAUUAUAUCGAUUACGUCAGACGUAUAUUAUAUUUUAAGCUACUGACUAAAGAAUUCUCCGACUAAAAUUCCAUAUAUAUAUAGUGUAUGUAUUUACAUGUGCAUGACGUUGAACAUUAAAUUAUAUUUUUAGGAAUUUGCAUUAAGAAAACUGCUAAUUUCAAUGUAUGAAAAAUAUCUUUUUUUUAAAAUGUAUUUUGAUAUUUAUGAGAUCUGUUUGCUACGUUAUAAACGAUCAGGUGCAAUUGUUGUUUGAAUGAAGCUGUACGUAUGUCGUAAAAAGACAGAUAUAAUAAGCUUAAAAUCUACUUAAGGAAAAGGUAAACUCUUGAGAUGUCGCAGUUUGAUCUAUAUCUUGUGUUGGAACUAUUUAUUCGGUUACCUUACCACAGUCAAUGUUCGACAGAUUCGAAUAUUUUAUGCAUAAUAUAUAUAUAUAUAUAUGUAUAUACACAUAUAUACAUAUAUAUGUGCGUGUGUGUGUGUAUAACUGAUUUUAAGAAUAGAUAUUAUAUAAGACACAUGUUGGCUGUUCGUAAAACUCGUCUCCACGUUUUAAUUAAAUGUUAAUGCGACGAGUUUUUUUUUAGGAAAAUAAUAUAUUAUUGCAAUAAGCAAUAUCAUAUUACAUAUAUGUGACUGUAUAUAAGUUUCGCGAAUAUAUAAUAACUAAUGUACAGCUUAUUGAAGAUUUAUAUUGGCAUAGUACAGCUUUCAUUUGCGUGCGAUGUUUAUGAACCCGGUUUUUUGAUUAACAGUGAUAUUGGUACGAUACAUCAUAUCUUACAUUUUCUUGAUAUGCGUUUAUUAGUACAAUUAUAAUACUAAUAAUUCUCUCUUUUUUUUAAUAUUUGUGUUGACACAAAAAUUUAUUUAAAUACUCAAAAGCAUUAAGUAGAGCGCGGUACAUAUGCUUGCUACGCAAUUAUUUUAGAUAAAUCGGAAAAAUCGUAGUACAGAUCAAUUGUACGUAAGAAAGAUAUAGAUUUAAUAUAAUAUCCGCGAUACACUUGAGUAUGCCGACAUUGUUAAUUAUGCUAAGUUGAGCUUUAUUAUAAAAAACGAUCUGCUGUUAUUACAUUUUUAUUUGUAAGCUAUACGUUGUUAUGUGCACGUUUCUGCGCAUGUAUGCGCAAGAAGCGUAUUGUCAGUUAAUGAUAUCGGUUGUAAAUGUGCUGUGGAAAAUUUCAUAUAUCAAAUCUAUCUCGAGUUGCGUUUUUUCAAUAGAAAAUAUAUUUUUCUUUGGAAUCCGUGAAACUCCUCGACUCCAGUGUAAACUGAGUUUAUCUCUGAAUUUAGCUUUAGAUUUUCCUCUUUUUUUAUAAUAUAAUAGAAAAUACAAGGUUUACUGACACUGGUA